AUGGGGUACACGUACACGCCGACGUACUACUCGGGCCUGCAGGACACCAUCGCGUCGCUCUGCAAGUCCAUCCUGCCCUCCUUCCGCGUGGGCCGGCGGCUCACGGCCGACCAGGCCGCGGCGCGGCGCCACGCCGAGCAGCUCAAGUGGCAGCAGGAGUCCUUCCAUCGCAUCCUCCACCUCGCCGCGCUCCACCGCGAGGGCAUCGUCCCGGCCUCCGACGUCGCCGCCUUCCGCGGCAACAUGCUCGCGGCGCUCGUCGCGCCGCCGCAGCACCCUGAGCAGCCCGCGGUGCUCCGGGACAAGCUCCUCUUCCUCCAGGAGCUCCUCUACGCCAAGUGCGUCUCCGCGUCGGAGUACAACGCGUCCAAGGCACCCCUCGUGCAGCGGCUCGCCGCGUUCGGCGUCGUCGUCGACUGCCCCGACGCCGAGGUCUCGGGCGAGGAGUGGUCGGAGAUCGACCUCCGUGACCCGCCUCCCCCCGUCACUGCGGCGGCCUCCGACAAGCCGAAGCACAAGGCCUUCAUCACGCCGUGGAAGAGCAGAUCCAAGAAGGACCAGGACGUGAACAGCAGCGCAUCAAGGCCACCGCUGGCCCCGGUGGACGCCAACAACGCGUCAGUCCUCAUGGCCGAGAGCUCGCCGUCGGAAGCGGUGCUCUCCGGGAAGGCCGAGAAGGGGAAGAGGAGGCAUCUGGCGGGGAUGUUCCACAGCGGUGGCAAUGGCACCGAGAACAAGGAGCCUGCGGGGGAUGAAGGGGUCGACGAGAAAGAGACGGUGAAAGGUAAGAAGAAAAGCUCGUGGGGGUUCGAUGGCAUCAAGAAGUGGAAGAAAGCUGGCGCCUGGAACAGUGGCGAGGCGGCAGCCACCGGUGAGCAGCCGCAGCGUGCUCCUCCGCGCUCAUCCUACAGCGAGUGCCAGCUGGAGGCGAGCCCCAUGGCAGCUGCCUCUGGCCCGGAUGCCAAGAGGGCCAAGACGAGGCUGCACUCGAACACGGAUGAUGACUCUGCUUCCGAGCUGCUGCGUGAUAAGGUUCUGGUGGAGAACACAAAGAAAGAGCUCUCAAGGAUUCAGGCUGAGCUAUCAUCUACAAAUCGGAACUUGAACUUCUCGAAUCAGCAGAUCGAUGCCAUCUCAACAAAGCUUCCGGUGGACAAGUCUGACCUCAAGCCCUUCUUCCCAAAGGCAUGGUGUGAUCAGCACGGGGAUGGCGUGAUCACCGCCGCUAAGAAAGAGUUCAAGGAGCACGUGGAAGAGAUGGAGAAGCAGAGGGACAUCACCUUUGAGGACAUCGACCUUGAUGACAACUUCAACCCCUGGGCCUUCUCUCAGCAUCAGUCGGACUCAGCGAUGAAAGGGAAGAAAGUCAAUGAAAGCCUCACCAGCAGUUUCACAAACCCCUUCUACAACGAGAAGAACCCGUUCUUGAACACAAACUACAACUGA